AUGUCGGCACAAGACACAACGGCACGCAUCCGCGGCACAGUGGCGAGACAGCUGAGAAACGACUACCCCUACAUGAAAAGUGCAACGCUGCAGAAGAUGCUCGACACUAUGACAGCGCAACUGUACAGGCAGAUCGACGAGCAGGAGACGGAGCUCGCGGCAACCAAAGCGCGUGCCAACUUCUUCAUGUUAUCGGCCGAGCUACGUAACUCGAUCUAUGGAAUGGCUGUAGUAUCAAGCUACUCCCUGUCUACCAAAGCCAGGAAGAAGCGAGGAGACGGCAACGUAACGAUGUGGACCACUCGCUUCCAGUCUCCAGCACUCCUCAGUACCUCUCGCCAGAUCAGGCAGGAAGCGCUACCGGUUUUCUGGGGUCUGAACACUUUUAAGAUCAGGGUCAUUGUCAGUAGUCCCGAAGCACUUCUCAACGACAUGGAACUACACGACUUGAGAAUUUGGAAGAAGGUAGUCGGCGACGUGCACUUCAACAUGAUCAAGAAGCUGGAAAUCAAGAUGCUGUUACUCCUCACCGACCGCGAUAUCAAGGCGUGUGGCGAAGACAUUUGCGAGAGAGCAGGCGCCACGGCCAAGCAGUUGAAGACAGACCUGGAGAUGCAGCACUGGGACAAGAGCGUUAUCUUGCAAGCCUUUGCACUAAAGGAUCUCGGCCUGUCGCCAUCCAAAGUCAAGCUCACUAUGAAGGGUCCCGAGGAAUGGAACGAUUAUGAUUUGACCAGUCCGUAA